CGGCGCCUGUCCACGCGGUGGCUUCCGGCGCCUACCGCGGUCGCAGGGACUCGAGUGAGUGGCGCCGGCCCUCGUUCGUCAGUGAGCCCGCAGCCAUGGCCUCCCUGCUCGCCAAGGACGCCUACCUACAGGACCUAGCCAGGAAAAUCUGUACCCAGCCCGGGCAGGAGCCGCCUAGGCGCGAGCGGGCUGGCAAAAUUCGAGAUUCAGAAGCUCCUGGGCCCCCAAAAAAGAAAAGGAAGAAAGCACAAAAGAAAUCCCGGGAGCAGGAGCAGAAGGCUGCCAAGCACAAGGCCAAGUCCCUGGAAGAGAAGUCUCCAGCUGCCUGUGGGGUCAAGAAGCCAGCAGCAGCCAAAGAGAAAGAGGCUUCCAGCUCCACCGUGUCCCCUGCAGAUGGCCAGGCCACAGGGUCUGACUCUGUCUUUGCUCUGGAUGUCCUGCGACAGCGGCUACAUGAAAAGAUCCAGGAGGCCGGGGCCAGACUCUGCCUCCUGCAGGGCAGCACCAAGGAGCUGUCUGCUGCCACUUUGGAGAAAAGGCGGCGGAGAAAGCAGGAGCGGGACCGGAAAAAGAGGAAGCGGAAGGAGCUUCGAGCAAAGGAGAAGGCUAUGAAGGCCGAGAAGACAGAGGAAGUGGCUGAGGGGCCCCGGGAGGUGGCCUGCAAGGAGUCACAAGAGCCAGGGCUCAUCUUUAAUAAAGUGGAGGUGACUGAGGAGGAGCCACCCAGCAAGGCCCAGCGGAGGAAGGAGAAGCGGCAGAACGUGAAGGGGAACCUGACACCGCUAACGGGCAGGAACUAUAAGCAGCUGUUGGAGCGCCUGCAGGCGCGGCAGGGCCAACUGGAGGAGCUACGUGAGAAGGAUGCGGGCAAGGCCCAGGAGCUAGAGGCCAAAAUGAAGUGGACCAGCUUGCUGUACAAGGCGGAAGGAGUGAAGAUCCGCGACAACGAGCAGCUGCUGCAGGAGGCCCUGAAGCGCAAGGAGAAGCGCCGGGCCCAGCGGCAGCGCCGGUGGGAGAAGCGCUCCGCCCACGUGGUGGAAAAGAUGCAGCGGCGGCAGGACCAGAGGCGCCAGAACCUGCGCAAGAAGAAGGCAGCCCGGGCCGAGCAGCGCCUGCAGAAAGCCCGCAAGAAGGGUCGGGUGCUGCCCCAGGACUUGGAGCGGGCUGGCCUCGCCUGAGCGAGGUCAGUGGCUCAGUGGCCAGAUGGUGUGCGACACUGGCAUGUCCCUUAGCCUCCAGGCCUUGAGUCCCCUAUGCGAGGUGGGCAUAGGGAACCCAUGUGAGGUAGCUUAGAACUGUCAUGAGGCUCAGAUGACGUGCCAAAGAGAAUGUUAUUUCAGCAUCGUCCUUAAGGAUGGCCACGCCCUUCAGGCCUGGGGAGGGGUGAGCCAGAACUGAAUCCCAUUGCCCUCUUGUAAGGUGGGAGAGAAGGAUUGGGGUGAGGCACUCUGCCAGCCUGUGUUUUCAGUGGUCCUGGACAGGAAGAAAGGGUCCGUGACCACCUCUCCUCUUAAUCCAAAACUCCUUAAGGAUAAGAACCCGAAGAAGGUCAUUUGGCUCACAUUAUUUGGGAGGAACCAGAGCCAACCAGGUAUGGUUUUGGGGCCAGAACACCAAGGUCAGGUUGCUCUGCCCUGGUUUCUGCCUAUUUUAGUUUCAUUUUCUUCAAUUCCUCAGUAAUCCUUGGACCUUCUUAGCUCAAAGCGCGGAAAGGAGCUGUACCUUCUCAGGUCCACAACGUGUGACUUGGGUCUUGCUGCCAACUGUAGAACAGUCAGGUUGGAGUACUGGGGUGCAGUGGUCUGAUUGCCUUUGGCACCGUCCUGGAGUCAGGGUAGAGUGACUCUCUGGUUGGGGGAGGAGGUCUGCUGUUACCAAAUGAGGGGUGGGAUAUGGGGACAGACAGCAGGGGUCCAGAGUGACCAUCUCGUGAGAAUGUGGUGCAGAAAUGGUUUUGUAGGUUGGAUAUUGUCUUAGGUGCCCUGAAGGGAGAAGAUCUCGCUGACUGAACAGCUGUUCAGAAGUAAAGUUUUUCUCAAAAAAAAAAAAUAAAUGAGCAGAGCUUUUCUACAGCACACAGUUGAAAAGGUGGGAGAGGGGACAGGCUUCUGUGUGACAGGGUAGGGUUAGAUGUACUCAGGCUCUCCAGGGUGGCUGAACUGGGUGCUUUAUGGGAUCUCAUUUCCUAAUGCAGGGCUGGGCUGUGGGAAGUAAAGAGAGUGCCUUGGGUGAAAGGCCCAUGUUGAGACUAGGAAAGCCUGUGGCAGCCAUGGUGUUGCACAUUGCAUCUCCUUUGAGAAGUGACUUUGGUGGCCAACUGCUUAAGAGUGCAGACAUUUAGCAGCCUCUGCUCAUCACCUUCUGGAUCUACUCAGCCACCACACGAGGGCUGUGCUUUUCUGGGGUGACCACCGGCUCUGGUGCUACCUGGUAGGGUCACCAGGGCCUGAGCAGUCCUGCUCCAACAGGGCUCCUUUCUAGGUCAGCUGUACCCAAGUUCCUUCUGGCUGGUUGGCUUUGGCAGCUCUGUGUAAUAAUCUGAAGCUCCCUACCCCAUCCUGUUUCUGUCCUUCAUCUUUCACAGGCAUUAGGCCCAAUAAACCUCAGGUUCCUUUCCCGGUCUUCAUAUCUGUUUCCUGGAGGGGUGAAAGUGACACCCGAUUCCCAGCAUUCUGGGUGCAGUUUAAGUCCACCACACCCCUGGACACAUAAGCAGGACUUUAGGACAUAAGGACUGAUCUUACAGUUUAUAGUUCUCAGCCAGGAAGAAAGUCGUCCCUGCAAAGAUCCACAGCUGAGUUUUCAACAGCAGCAAUGACAGCCUGAGAAAUAAAAGAGCUGAGGAAAAAUAACUCUGGGAUUCACUUUAGUAAGCAUCAAGUGGAAACUGCCCUCAUUGUACCCCAGAUCUUAGAAGAUGAACUAUAAGAAGGAAAAUGGUUUUCAAAACAGAUGGUGAACGUGGCCAUGAGACCCUCAGCCUGUUAGCAAGUAUCUGAAAUUGGCUAUGUAGGUAUUUAAUUCCUUGGCCAUAUUACCCACAGGUCAAGUGCUCAGUAGCCCUAGUGGUUGUGGCAUUAGCUCAGAUUAACAUUUACGUAUUAAGAAACGUGAGCUUGCUGGGCAUUGGUGACUCACACCUACAGUUCUAAUUACUCAGAAAGCAGAGAUAAGAGGAUCAGGGUUAGAACCCUGCCCUGGGUAAACGAUUCUUGAGAUC